CACGGGCCCAACCUUAAUGAUGUAUCCAGCAGAAAGGAUGUUGGGCUAUAAGAACCAGCUGGGACCCUCCAGGGAUUGGGUUCUUUUCAACACAAGUUGUAUCAACAAUCGUCUUCCGUGCCUAGAUACCAAAGAUGCAGGCGACAAACAACCACGAUAGCUCGCUCCCCAAUGCCUCGAGGACCUUCUCUGCUGGUUCCCCGCCCGGGCAGACUGAUCCCCUUGACCUACCUUACCGCCAAGUUACCAACGAUGCCAACCUGGAAGAGUACACCACUGAGACGGCUGCGGGGGAGAUCAUCAAGCCAGUUCGAUCUUCGGCCACUGGUAAGAUGGAAGACUGGAAGCUGGUGACCUUCACGAUUGAUGAUCCCGAGAAUCCAAAGAACUGGUCAAAGGCAUUCAAAUGGUACUGUACCAUGGUUGUGGCCUUUACCUGUUUCGUCGUUGCAUUUUGCAGCAGUGUCAUCACAGCCGACCUUGAAGGUGUUGCCGAGGACUUUCUUGUCUCCAGGGAGGUUACAUUAAUUCCAGUCACAGUAUUUGUCAUCGGUUUUGGUGUUGGUCCUAUGGUCUUUGCUCCUAUGUCUGAAAUGGUUGGACGCAGACUAGUUUAUGGUAUUACUCUUGGCGUGGCGGUUAUCUUCGUCAUCCCUUGUGCUGUGGCCAAGAACAUCGGGACUCUCAUCGUUUGCCGAUUGAUCGACGGUAUUGCAUUCAGUGCUCCAAUGACCUUGGUUGGUGGCACCUUGGCCGACCUGUGGAAGAACGAAGAAAGAGGUGUCCCGAUGGCCGCCUUUUCUGCUGCACCUUUCAUUGGCCCGGCAAUUGGUCCUCUUGCUGGUGGUUUUCUCGGUGAUGCUUGCGGUUGGAGAUGGCUCUACUGGCUGCAGCUGAUUUUGGCCGGCGUGGCUUGGUGCUUGAUCACUCUCACUGUUCCCGAGACAUACGCACCAACCCUUCUGAAGAGAAGGGCAGAAAAGCUAAGGAAAUCCGAGAACGACUCCAAAUAUGUGACUGAAACUGAGCUCGAUCCCCGCCCUCUCGGUGAUAAACUCCGACUCGUUCUCCUUCGACCAUUCCAACUCCUGUUUCUGGAACCCAUUGUUCUGUUCAUUGCUCUCUACAUGUCGGUUCUCUAUGGUUUGCUGUACAUGUUCUUCGUCGCGUACCCAAUUGUAUACCAAGCUGGAAAAGGAUGGAGUGCUGGUUCCACCGGUCUUAUGUUCAUCCCUCUCGCUAUUGGUGUCGUGAUGAGCGCCGCUUGUGCCCCUUUCGUCAACAACCAUUAUCUCAAGAUCUCAGCCAAGUUCGGUGGAAAGCCUCCAGCUGAAAUGCGAUUGAUCCCAAUGAUGUGGUCCUGCUGGUUUAUUCCAGUUGGUUUGUUUAUCUUUGCCUGGACAUCCUACCCGAGGCUUCACUGGUUCGGCCCUGCUAUUGGAGGCUGGCCAGUUGGAUUCGGCUUUAUUUUCCUCUAUAACUCGGCAAACAACUACCUUGUGGAUACUUAUCAACACCAAGCAGCAUCUGCCCUUGCUGCAAAGACAUUCCUGCGAUCAAUGUGGGGUGCAUCAACAGUCCUCUUCACUGAACAGAUGUACGACCGACUCGGCUAUCAAUGGGCAAGCUCAUUGCUUGCAUUCCUUGCCCUGGCUUGCUGUGCUAUCCCCUACGUCUUCUACUUCAAGGGAGCGUCCAUCCGCCGGUUCUCCCGCUUUGCCUUCAGCGACGAUGAAGAGAAGGGGGAGAAGGUUUAAAAUCACCAACAACGGGACGGCUGUCUGAUUAAUGCGAAUAUUGUAUAAUAUACUAAUAUCCUGUAUAUUUGUUUUCUUUGUUUCAAGUUCAUGAUUUAUUUUUGCACGGCUAUGAAAAAAGGCUGGGAGUUAUGAGGCGAUUAUGACCAGCAUUGCAUUUGCGGAUAGAAUAUGUCCAUUUAUAUCCAUAGAUUAAUAGAAAAAUAAUCAUACAUAAUUAC